AUGGAUCGUGAUCCAGAAGACAAACGCGACAAAUUUGAAUCAUCCAAUAUGCCCCAUCAUAAUUGGAAUGAUGAGCCUGAGACAAAUCCAUUCGUGGCGCUACGGCGCUUCGCCGAUGAACAAGUUUCUUCUGUAUUACAAUCGAUCACCGGCCUCCCAUCCUCAUUGAGCCCUCCGCAAUCAGACAGCUGGACCAUAUUUACGGAUGAUAAAGGAUACAAGAAUAUGGCAUAUCAUCGCCGUAUUGGGGCGAACUCGGACCUGAACAACUCAGCCGAUCGCGACUCCACUUCGAAUCCAAGCGCCGACCCCAACACAUCAGACAGGGAAGAGAAGCCAUCAAACUACAACAACUACAAUCAGCAAAUGCCUCAAGCUUCCCAACGAUCGUAUCCAUCCGAAGAAAUCAACCGAUCUGCACAUCCCCCUCGCAGCGAACGCAGGCCUUCCGAUUUCUUUGGCUUCGACUCAUUCUUCAACCGCUUUGAAGACCACUUCUUCCCCUUUGCCUCCUCCCUCCUCCAUCCACAAACAAUCUUCCCCUUUUCCGACAUGUUCGAUGAUAGCAGCUCGCCCACCUGGCCACUCACCUACAUCAUGCUAAACCCCUACUCCCCUCUCCACCUCGAACGUCAGGCCCACUACCGUCGACGUGACCAGGGUGUAUUCUCCUCCAUCGUAUCCUCUCUCCGACCGGACUCGGAAGAGCUGGACCGCGACCCUACUGAGCCGCAAUGGCGCGAGGCUUUUGAGGACUUACUCCGGCUGGAAAAUGGCAAGUCCAUGCUUGAACGCGACUCCCUGUCACCAAGAAAGACCAGACCGGAGACUGGAACAGAGUGGCUAAAUGGGUUGGUCAAGCGUGGUAGCUUAGGCGACCAAUGGAAAUACGUCUCUGGUACCAACGGUCAUCCCUGGUCCGGUAUUACUUUUACUGGACACAGUGAGGAUGAUCGUACGCUACCUGAGUACCAUGUGAUGGCGCGUCAGGAAUCCGAGCCGGAGAGCGAAUUGGAAUUGUAUGAGCGUUUCUUACAGGAUAUUCAGGAUCGCGAACGAGAGUUCUCUCGCGAGACUGCGGUAAGUCCAUUGCUCCAUGCUCUGUUUGAUCAACGACGGCAUCGGCAGGAUGCGUUUGAGAGGUUUCAACGAGAUUUGGCCUCGGAUCCUGAGCAGGAUGAUGAUGAUACAGAGAACUGGUUGGAUCUUGUCUCGGGUGGGAACCGAAAGUCUGUUCCUGAGACUGAGAACACAGUACCCUCGACGCUCACGCCUGUGACAGAAACGAAGCAGGAGGAGCCGAUAGAGAGAGCUACAACCCGUGUUAUUUCUACAAUGACUCGCACGGAGCGUAUCCGUCUUCCUGAUGGCUCGGUCGAGACCAAGAAGGUACAGACGAAACGAUUUGAAGAUGGCCGUGAAGAGACCGAGUCGUUUGUUGAGACAUCGCGCCCAAGAUUGGAGGCCAGCGAGGCUGGUGACGAAAAGUCCACCGAGCAAAGCACCCAGUCGAAAAAUGGUUGGUUUUGGAAAGACUGA